AUGUCGAUUACAUAGUUAAAUAGGAAAAUAAAUCAGCUAUUAAAUUCCAUUUUGGGAAAAUAAGAGGAAUGCAUUAGGUUAAAUAUCCUGGAUUUGUAUAAUAACUUUCAAGAUCCUGAAUUUGAUUAAUAUAUGUUUUAGCUCUGGUUUAGUUAUCUCUUCUAUGUGACUGAUAAUAAAUGUAUAAAGGAGUUACUUUAUAAUUAUGCUUUUUAAAAUACUGUAAAAUUUUUUAGAUUGGAAUGGAUGCUAAAGGCUUUGAAUGAAGACUCCAAAUGCUAAAAAGUAAAGAUCGGGUUUUCUACAUUUUUGAAAUAAUUGUAAACAGAGUUCGACUAAAAAUAUUGGAGUUUAGCAGGGAAAUCAUAAAAAACCAAAUCGGCAAAUAGUCCAUCAAUUUAUAAAGAUAAACAGGAUCAAAUAAUAUUCAAUUUGAUUGAAUAAAGCUUGAGAUUGAAAAAAAUAAGUAUAGAAAAACAAAAGGAUCAUAUGAAAACUUUUUUAAUGUUGAUAAAUCAAAUGAUAACAAGUUUAAGAUUUUCGGGGCAACCUGAAUUUUGUGGCUUAACUAUUCCUUUUAACUGUGAUAAUGUAGAUUCCUUUCUAAUAGUAAAUUUACUUGAAGAUGAGUUUACUUGUUUCAAUACAGCAAAAAGAGUUCCUUAUAAGAUCACUAUAGAAACAGUAAAUCCUUCUGAAUUGGAGUUGAUAUAGAAUAUUAAUCAAUUAACCUAGAAUAAUUUGCCAUAGCUGAUUCCUAUAUAUGAUAUAGAAAAGGAAAUGAGAAGCAUUUCUUAAGUCAAAAUAUUUUAACAAUAUAAUAUCGAGGAAUUAAAGAAAUUGGCUUUAAAAAAAAUAGAUUUUUAAAGAAUGCAAUACUUAUAAAAGUAGAGCAAGAUCGCUGAAAAGGAUAUAAAUGUCUCCAGAUCUUCAAACUCUUCGAUUUGGGGAGAGGAUUGGAAUAUUACAAAGUAAAAGAUUAAAUAAAAUUCAUUAUAUGGGAACCUGAAAUCCCAUGUAGUUAGAUAGAUCAUAAUAAAAGGAGGUGACGAUCUCAGAAGCGAACUCUUAAUUAUGCAAAUGAUGAGAAAAAUUAAUGAAAUAUUCAAUUAGAAAAAAAACAAUCUUUACCUUCGACCUUAUGAUAUCAUUCUAACAUCUCCAAAUAGUGGUAUAUUGGAAUUCAUACCCAAUACUGUUUCUAUUGAUAAGAUUAAAAGAGAAUAUUAAGGAAUCUCGUUGAGAAAAUUUUACUAAAUGAACUUUGACAACUUUCAAGAGGCUCAAAAGAACUUUGCUGAAAGUUUGGCAGCAUACUCAUUAAUUUGUUAUUUAUUCUAGUUAAAGGACAGACACAAUGGGAAUAUUUUAAUUGAUAAUUAAGGCCACAUAAUUCACAUAGACUUUGGAUUUGUAUUGACAUUGACUCCAGGAAAUGUUGGUUUUGAGUCUGCUCCAUUUAAAUUAAUAAGUGAAUAUGAGGAAUUAUUAAACGGUAAAGAUAGUGAUAUGUAUAUGUAUUACAAAAUAAUGAUAUUUUCAGGUAUGUAUUAAUAUUUAAAUAACAUCACAGAAUUAAUAACCUUUGUAAAAUUAAUUAAUUUCAGUCCCAAUCAUAACCUUUUGAAUUGUUUGGAGAAUUUUAGUAUCAAUGAAUUCAAGAAAAGAUUUCAUGAAAAUGUUGACUAAAAGAAACUCUUUGAAAUAGCCGAUAAUUUGGUCAAGCAAUCUAGCAAUUCAUUAAAGACCUAGCUAUAUGAUUAUUUUCAAUUCUAAACCAAUACUAUUUAUUAUUGA